AUUCAACAUCACAUUCCUGAAAUGAAAGUAUAAGUUAGUGAGAAACAGCAGAGCUGCAGUCUGGAGAACAUCAACGAACUCAAAUACAGAGUGCAGACAUGUCUGCUGACAGCAAUCUGCAGUCUGAAGAUCGCUUUCUUUGCUCCAUCUGUCUGGAUGUGUUCACUGAUCCGGUCACCACAUCAUGUGGACACAACUUCUUCAAAAAGUGCAUCACUCAAUAUUGGGAUGUUCAUGAGAGGUGUCAAUGUCCCCUGUGUAAGGAGACUUUCAACAGUAGACCUCAGCUGAAGAUCAACACCUUCAUCUCUGAGAUGGUUGCUCAGUUCAGACGUGAAGCUCAGCAGAAAGCCAGCAGCAGCAGCUCGGAGCAACAAGCUGCCAAACCAGGAGAAAUUCCCUGUGACGUCUGCACUGGAACCAGACUGAAGGCCCUGAAGUCCUGCCUGGUGUGUCUGACCUCCUACUGUCAGACUCACCUGGAGCCUCAUCUGACAGCUACAAGUCUGAAAAGACAUCAGCUGAUUGAGCCUGUGGAGAACCUGGAAAACAGGAUGUGUAGGAAGCACGAUAAACAUCUGGAGCUGUUCUGUAAGACCGACCAGACAUGUAUCUGCAUGCUCUGCUCUGUUUUAGACCACAAGACUCAUGAAGUUGUUCCUCUGAGAGAAGAAUAUGAAGGAAAGAAGGCAGAGCUGGAGAAGACAGAGGCUGAGAUUCAGCAGAUGAUCCAGAAGAGACGACUGAAGAUUCAGGAGAUCAAAGAGUCGGUGAAGAUGAGCAAAGAUGCUGCAGACAGACAGAAAGCAGAAGGUGUUCAGGUCCUCACGGCUUUGAUGGAGUCUGUUGAGAGACGCCUGAAGGAGCUCAUAAAGGAGAUCGAAGACAAACAGGAAACUACAGAGAAACAGGCUGAAGGUGUCAUCAAAGAUCUGGAACAGGAAAUCUCUGAGCUGAUGGAGAGAAGCUCUGAGGUGGAGCAGCUCUCACACUCUGAAGACCACCUCCACCUCCUCCAAAGCUUCUCCUCCCUGAAAGCUGCUCUAUGCACCAAGGACUGGACAGAGGUCAGAGUCCGUCCACCAUCAUAUGAGGAGACCGUGGGGAGAGCUGUGGAGACACUCAGGAAAGACAUGAAGAAGCUGUUUGAAGCUGAACUGAAGAGGGUCCAGCAGUAUGCAGUGGAUGUGACUCUGGAUCCUGACACAGCAAAUCCUGACCUCAUCCUGUCUGAUGAUGGAAAACAAGUGAAGUAUGGUGAUGUGAAGAAGAAACUUCCGGACAACCCAGAGAGAUUUUCUCAGUGUGUUUGUGUUUUAGGAGAGCAGAGUUUCUCUUCAGGCAGAUUUUACUUUGAGGUUCAGGUUAAAGGAAAGACUAAAUGGAGUUUGGGAGUGGCCACAGAGUCGAUCAGCAGGAAGGGAAAAAUCAGACUGAGUCCUCAGAACGGUCUCUGGACUGUAUGUCUGAGAAAUGGAAAUAAGUACAAAGCUUGUGCUGCCCCUCCAGUCCGUCUCUCUCUCCAGUCUGGUCCUGAGAAGGUGGGGGUGUUUGUAGACUAUGAGGAGGGUCUGGUCUCCUUCUAUGAUGUAGAUGCUGCAGCUCUGAUCUACUCGUUCACUGGCUGCUCCUUCACUGAGAAACUCCACCCGUACUUGAAUCCAUGUAAUAAUGAUGAUGGUAAGAACGCUGCACCUCUGCUGAUCACUCCUAUCAAUCUCAUUCUGUGUGAAGACCGUCUGGAUUAAGAACAUUCACUGAUAACACUCAAUGAGUUUGGUGCUCAUGUCACACAGUGGAAAAUUGUUUGUAUAUUUUGUUUUGGAUCAGACUGUGUGUUGGUACAUAGUGUUGAUUUUAUUUGCAUGAUUUUAUUGUGAUAUUUAUAUUGCAUGGUUUUAUCCUCAUAUUUAUAUUGUGUAUUUUAGUGUUGUUGCACAAUAUUCUUUUAAUCCACUGUGGACUAAGCAGACAAUUGUAGGCACCUGUGAGGUGGGGGCGUUCCCCGAGGCGGCCUAUCAGCCGCCAGACUGACCUGUUAAAGGGGUUAGUGAGCGCAGAGACGGAGAGAGCGACGCACGAAAGGUGAGCAGGAGAAAAAAGAAACUCAUGCAAGCCAGUAUAUGUGUCGAAGGACCUGCUGCCUGACUGUGGGGUGCCACGAGUCGUUCGGUGACGGAUCGGCCAGCGGAACACGGCGAUCCAGUCCCAACGGCAGGAACAGCGACAGUGGGUGGCGAUGCCCGCAAUCCACACCAGGGCAGGGGUGUCCCUCUGUCUGCAUCUGGCGGUGCUACAAGGGAAGCCGUGCAGGUGUGGAGUGGGGCGGGACUGUGCGGUGACGCGCUGUCAGGAGGAGACAGGUCUGCGACAGGAGCCCCCUCCUUGGUCUUCUGGCCGGCGUGGUUUCCAUCCCGGAAGAGAAAUUCCUCUCCUGUUUCAGAUAAGGAACAUUUGCCCGCGUGUGGCUGGACUGUGGGAUUAUGGGACAGGACGGGGGGGGGGGAUUUAGCAUAUGGGAAACAUUUGUGUAGCUUUUGUUUUGAUAGUAUAUAGUUAUUUCUGCCGGCAGGGUUUUUAGCGUAUUGAGAACACUCUUUUUAUUGUACAGGGGGAUUUUAAACUGUAUCUGUGAUUCUGGUUGUGUCUGUGUUCCCAUGGAAAUAAAUGGUGUGUUUAAGGCUAACAGUCUCUGUGCCCUGAGCGCUGACCCACUCACUCCCCUUCUUCUUGUAUGUGAACGGACUUGGAGGUGAAGAUUUAUAUACACCA